AGCUGAAACACCAACGGCAGGUUGAUACUGUAUUUCAUGAAACCCGCUGUUGCCUCCUCUACAACACGAGACCUCCGAGCUCCAUCAUGCGUGUGCUCAGUGUUGUGUUCCUGCUGACCACCGUGGGUUCAUGUUUGUGUGUGAAUGAGAUCAAGUUUGAAGGGAACAUCGCCGACAAUUACGAUAACGAGAUUGUCCCGGAUCAGCAGGAGGGGGAGUCCCUAAACGCAGGGUGCCAUGCAGACCUCUCCCGCUGGGACAAGCUUUUCAUAUCUCUGGAGGACUCCCACAUGAAGCAGAACAUGCUGCUGGAAUCGGUGCGGCAGUGCUGUGGCGGAAUGGUCUCUGCGAAGGCCCAGGUGGAAAAGCUGCUGAAGAGCGCGCUCCAGCAGUACAUGCCCAGCCUGGGCUCGUCGUGCAGGGCGCAGGCGGAGCAGGCCGAUCUCAGGCUGCAUGACAGCAUGGUGGAGCUACGUAGGGAAGAGGCAGACAGGGAGAGGCGAAUAAACGCUACCCUGAAGAGGAUGCUGCACAGCGGGCAGGAGGAGAAUGCUCGACUAAAGCGCCUGGAAGAAUCUCUUGCAUCACUGACCGCAGAGAGCCAACCAACACCGAGACCUGGAGGUUGGGGGACAUCAGGGAUAAAACCCCUCCUGUCUGACCUGAAGGGAAUGACUUCACCAUCAGAUGUGGAUGCAGUGAAAGGGUCUCUGGUUGCUAUAGCGACAGAGCUGCAGAAGGUUCACCUGCAGUUGAGCGAAAUGAUGGAUCAGGCAGGAACACUGAGCAAUAAUCAGGGAGAUACAUGAAUUUACACACAGGGAUAACGCACUUACCCUUUUCUUAAAGUUUGCUUUAUUAUAUAUAUAUGAGCUUAUUUUUUCUGGUGAGAACAAACUGUAAUGUCCCAAUUAAUAUGUGGGCUUGCUUUAAUGAAUAAAAAUCUGUUAAACAGCCAAAUCACUCAGAUGGAAACGGUUUCCUCCCUCCUCCCACGUGGUGAUCUCAUUUUCAACACUUUAAUUUGUCUAAGUCAGAGCUCGUGUUUAUCCUGCCACGCACGUGCCAGCGUUUACGCCUCUGUCUCCGUGUUUAUGUAGCCGUGAUGGCGUCUAAUACCCACAACCGCAGGAAGGUGUGUCAGCGGUCUGGGUGGUGUGUAAAUCUUGUGCUCAUUAGCUGCUUUAAGAGUGUCUGAAUGUAAAGAGGCCGCGACUUAUAAUAGUCACAGUGUUUCUGAUUAGUGAAACUGUGCCAGGACUGCGAUGUGCCAACUGUUACACACACACACACACACACACACACACACACACACACACACACACACACACACACACA